AUGUUAUCGCAAAGAAGGUCAUUGCUUUUCUUUCUCUCAUCAAUUGGUUUGGGACUACUGAUAUUUUCCCAUAAAACAGGUGAGUAAGUAGCAGUGCUUAUUCCAGCCAGGAAAUAAAACUACGUUAUUCAUGCCAUUACCCAACGACGCUAGCGUAUUUGUCCCAUUUUGAUGACUUUCAAUGGAAGUGCAAAUUUUCUUUUUAUUCGAUAAAUUUAGAAAAGAUUUGGUGAAAAUUAUUACGUACUGGCUUCGUCUAUUCUUCUUCUGAUCGGUAAUUGUGUGUUGAAACAAGGUAUCUCCCUCAUUGCUGUUGUCAAACUAUUUUGGCUAUAAAAGCGAGAAAGAAGGGUUUUGGUGCCCAAACCCUCUGUUACGUUUUCCUUUCGUAUGUAAAGUGCUUCAUUUUACUUAUUCGUUUGUACAAAGCUGAUUGAAAUAGUAGACUGUUUACUUUUAACAUUAAACAAAUCUGACUUUCUUUACAAAACUACAAAACGCAAUGACACUUAUAAAGUAUAGCAGGAAGCCGACAGUAACACGAACAUGUUUUUAAAGAUUUCACUCUUGAAAAUCAUCUUAAACGGCACGCAUGGAAGAAAAAAAUUCAAACAAAUUCUAAAGAUUACCCUGUUUAUUGUAUCGAGCUAAGCUUAUGCAUCCUCUUCACUCGAUUCGUGACUGACUCAGUAAACAGUGUACACGUGGACAAAACUUUGAAUUUUGAACUUGUCUAAUGGGUAUCAAAUCCUAUACAUUUAGAAAACCUAAAUUAGGAAAUAUGUAAAGUACCUCUCGUGUCGAUUUAGACUGUUUGCCCGAACCUUGCACCUUCACGUAAAAUUUAAUUUAUCUCAGUCCAAUUUAAUCAAAACUGCUGAAUUUCUCGAUUAGUGGAGUUUAUUGUAGCGACUUAAUGGAUGUCAAGAUUUUUUAAUGCAACUUAAAUUUCUUACUAUAGAAUACUUAUACUUAAUUUUUGACACUAACAACUCGCAACAGAAAAAUUAUUCAAUUGACAACUUAUCCUGCAAAUCCAAAAAUCUUAUUUAUUUGAUUUAAUGAAACACAUGCAAAUUACAGUAUACAUCAGAUCAGGAGAGAGUAAAGGCCAACUUAAUGAACGAUGAGAACACCGCCCGUCUAUCUUAAACCACCAGUGAUCCAACUCCUGUCUCCUUACAUUUCAAUCAGUCUGGACGUUCAAUCAACGAAGUUCGCCGUCUCAUUCCACUUGAAUUCAUACGCAGCAACCGUGACGCAGUGAGAAAGGCUAGGGAGGCUCUCUUAAUACGCAAAGAGAAAACAUUUUCUCCUCUAUAGGAAUAAUUAUAGACAUGACGAAGCUCGUUGAUAUACAAUACUACAUUGUACCUAGUCACCCACACCAAUCACCAUCUAUUGUUUUAUAUUUAUAUUUCCAAAUCCUUAUUUGUAACGACCUUUCAGUUUUAUUUUCAUUUUUGUUUUAGCCCCCGAAGAAGGUUUUUUAAAAUACGUGUACCUUUUGUUUUAUUCUUAAAUUUGUUUACUUGUUCAUCGCCUUGCCGUCAGGAUCAGUCUGCCGUUUUAUAUUUUAUAUACUAGUUGUUAUUUUACUGAUCCAGGUCUACAACUGUGAGAUCCGGGACUACUCAACGGUUUGUUCCUGUGGACUUUUCGUCUUUAAUACAAAAUAUAUACCAUGCAUUUCCCAGUCGACAAAAACAUGAGAUCGAGGCUAGAUCUUGCAACCAGCCAGUCUAUCAAUCCAAUGGCGUUCAAAUGGUGAAAACAUGUGGCAUCUAGAGCGACACCAGCGAAACCAAUGUAAUUCCCGCGGGGGAAAAAAACUAGAUUCGAAAAGUAAGCUAAUUUUUCAUUAUGUUGUGUAAAAUUUAUCCCCCCUCUAACAUAUGUAAGAGUUACGGUAGAGUAAUUUGGAGCUAUUGCAAACAAUACGGCGAAACUAAACGAUUAGGCCAUAUUUAGUGGCAGAAGGUAGCGUUCAACAUUGAAAAAUUGAACUCAAAGUUAGGCACAUUAGGACUACCACGUUUGACUUACAUGGGAACAGACAUGAACAUAUGAAACUAUGCUUCAAACAUAUGAAACUAUGCUUAAAAAAAAGCGGGGUCCCACACAAUAUUGUCAUAAAUGAACUUUGCGUGCUCCACACUAUAUCCUGAAAUUACAGAAGAAAAAAAAAACAGGGUUUCCUGUUUGUAAAAAGGAACAUUUCGCUGUCCUUUCAACACACCGGAACUAUAAGAGCAUUGUUCGUGCCAGUCCUACUCCGCAUCACACAUCACUUGAAGACCGGAGUGCUCGUUUCAUCGCCAAACCUUUAUUCACCCUGCCUUAGAUUUAUUUACGACUGAAAACCUUACUGUUACUCUACGGUAUCUAUAAACGUUUGAUUCACUCCAUGCCAGUUCUCGAUCUACAUUUCGCCUUUAUCAAUUUCUCAGAAAAAAGUCGUGUCCUUUACCAAGUAUUGGCGCCAGAAAUCCUGAAAGGUCCCACAACGUAAAGAGACCUGCCGAGGUGGGCGUGCGAACUCAACAUCUUUCCUGCGCUUUUUGUACGGGUGAAUCGACCAAUCACACGGUGUGACGCAUGGCAGUUUGUGACGAGAGUGACAAAAUUGAAAAUUUGUUGCAAAAAGCAGAACUCGGGUGUACUUUGCGCAACAUUGUGCCACAACUUGCAAGACGAAAAUUUGUUGCGUCACAAGUUGAGCGCACAGGUGGUAAUACGAACAAUAACGCUUUGCAACUUGCAAUUCGGCAAAAUUAAUAUUACACGACAAGUAAAAUGUUUCUUUGAGUGGUUUGCUUCGUGCCUAAGAUUGAAAUCGGAAAUGGCGCUUCCCGUUACUUCAGGUUUUCCACAAGGAAACUGUUAUUGUGUUAGUAUCAAUGACCUAGCUGCUAUCAUUGAAGACUCCUUGUUAUCACAAUAUUCUGACGCCGCAGUUAACUGCUGCUUCUUAAAAUAACCGCCCAAGCUAAUGAGCAGGUUAAAUGUAGAUCUCUACAACCUAGAAAUAUGGCUAAAUGCAUGCAAACUUUAUUAAUUAAAUGAUUAUACAUAUAGCUGGUAGUUAAUAAGAUAUUGUUAGCAUAGCUAAAUCCUACAGCCGCAGCAUUACUAUCUUUUAGAUACCCUAGUAGUAAAAUAUAUGUAAAAGAACCUGGAUAUAACGAAACCUCGGUAUAGCGAAUAAAUUAUGCCAGUCCCUCGGCCCUUCGUUAUCUCGAGGUUUCACUGUACCUAUACGAAUCUCUUCAAUUCAGGUGCCCUUCGUACUCGCUGCCUCUUUACGCAAAAAUGCUAAUCAGACGACGUUUUCGUAUUUGAAUUUCAAAAGAAUUUUUACCCGUAAACGAGGUUAGACGGGCAUAUUACCAUAUGUGAGAAGAGCGUAUGGCGUUCAAAUGGUGAAAACAUGUGGCAUCUAGAGCGACACCAGCGAAACCAAUCUAAUUCCCGCGGGGGAAAAAAACUAGAUUCGAAAAGUAGCUAAUUUUUCAUUAUGUUGUGUAAAAUUUAUCCCCCCUCUAACAUAUGUAAGAGUUACGGUAGAGUAAUUUGGAGCUUUUGCAAACGAUACGGCGAAACUAAACGAUUAGGCCAUAUUUAGUGGCAGAAGGUAGCGUUCAACAUUGAAAAAUUGAACUCAAAGUUAGGCACUUUAGGACUACCACGUUUGACUUACAUGGGAACAGACAUAAACAUAUGAAACUAUGCUUCAAACAUAUGAAACUAUGCUUAAAAAAAAGCAGGGUCCCACACAAUAUUGUCAUAAAUGAACUUUGCGUGCUCCACACUAUAUCCUGAAAUUACAGAAAAAAAAAACAGGGUUUCCUGUUUGUAAAAAGGAACAUUUCGCUGUCCUUUCAACACACCGGAACUAUUAUAAGAGCAUUGUUCGUGCCAGUCCUACUCCGCAUCACACAUCACUUGAAGACCGGAGUGCUCGUUUCAUCGCCAAACCUUUAUUCGCCCUGCCUUAGAUUUAUUUACGACUGAAAACCUUACUGUUACUCUAAGGUAUCUAUAACCCUUUGAUUCACUCCAUGCCAGUUCUCGAUCCACAUUUCGCCUUUAUCAAUUUCUCAGAAAAAAGUCGUGUCCUUUACCAGGUAUUGGCGCCCGAAAUCCUGAAAGGUCCCACAACGUAAAGAGACCUGCCCGAGGUGGGCGUGCGAACUCAACGUCUUUCCUGCGCUUUUUGUACGGGUGAAUCGACCAAUCACACGGUGUGACGCAUGGCAGUUUGUGACGAGAGUGACAAAAUUGAAAAUUUGUUGCAAAAAGCAGAACUCGGGUGUACUUUGUGCAACAUUUUGCCACAACUUCGAAGACGAAAAUUUGUUGCGUCACAAGUUGAGCGCACAGGUGGUAAUACGAACAAUAACACUUUGCAACUUGCAAUUCGGCAAAAUUAAUAUUACACGACAAGUAAAAUGUUUCUUUGAGUGGUUUGCUUCGUGCCUAAGAAAUCGGAAAUGGCGCUUGUGUUAGUAUCAAUGACCUAGCUGCUAUCAUUGAAGACUCCUUGUUAUCACAAUAUUCUGACAGCGCAGUUAACUGCUGCUUCUUAAAAUAACCACCCAAGCUAAUGAGCAGGUUAAAUGUAGGUCUCUACAACCUAGCAAUAUGGCUAAAUGCAUGCAAACUUUAUUAAUUAAAUGAUUAUACAUAUAGCUGGUAGUUAAUACGAUAUUGUUAGCAUAGCUAAAUCCUUUCAUCCUUAAAAAAACUGUCAAUUAAGGAUCAAUUUGGAUAGUCUCAGAUGAGACUUUCCAUGAAUAAUUUGUGCAUUUCUAUGAUUUAUUUGUUUUACGUUUAUAUUCAAGGCGUGAUACUCGUGCUAACUUAACUCAUCGGCUGUGUCCGUUUACUCUAAGUGCUUGUAUUAAUCCAUGGUUCUGUUGACUGUAAAAUUCAAUAUGUAGCCCUACAGUGGAACCUCGAUAUAACGAACCUCUAUGGAACGAAGUCCUCGGUAUGAACGAACUUUUUUUUGAACCCCAGUAAUAGUAAAAUAUUUGUAAAAGAACCUCGAUAUAACGAAACCUCGGUAUAGCGAAUAAAUUAUGCCAGUCCCUCGGCCCUUCGUUAUCUCGAGGUUUCACUGUACCUAUACGAAUCUCUUCAAUUCAGGUGCCCUUCGUACUCGCUGCCUCUUUACGCAUAAAGAUCCUCAUUGUCAUUGUAAGUAAUAAAUUUAUUAUCUUAUGCUUCGCUAUAUUCUACUGCCAUAUUUUCAAGGUCUUCUUGUGUUUCUUCCCGCCUAAUUCAAGCCACUCAAAGAUAUAAUAUCAUACGACAUCAUUUUUUCUGGGGCCGACGUGCAACUCGCAUAUGUUAGGCUUAUCAAGUGAGAUACAUGCCAACUCAAGCCAAAAUUUUGCCUCCAAUUUUUUCCAAGAUGAUAUUCUCUUUAUUAGCUGUUUAUUUCUUAGACGCGUUUUGGUGCCCGUUUUGUUGCCUAAGUGUUUUAACGUACGAAGUUACAUGAUGCAUAGAAAAGAACGUAACUACGUUUGGUAGAGUAAAAGGCAGUUUAGUUUACUCCAGGUACCGGGUUAAUAAAUUGAAAAAAAAAUUAAUUCCACACUUUAUUUUUUUUUUCUAUUUUUUUUUUUUUUCAACGAAAAAGUUAGUUUCAAUGAUAUUUACAAGAGCCUUGCCUCUAAAUUUUCAGCUGCGGGUAAACUCCCGGUGUUGUUGAAGUGCAGGUUUCCCGGAAAAUGGUUUACCAUCGAGAAUGUCAGUAAACGGAACUCUGAAGGAGGCUGGGAUAACGUAAAUGCUGCAAAGAGCGUUGCAGUGGCUCAGUGUAAGAGUUCUCGCACUGCGAGCUCUGAUAGCGGUGCUCAAUGUGCGGUUACCGGUACUCUGCCAGAGAUCCAAGAAGCAGAUGUAGUCAAGGUGGACUAUUUUUGCUGGGAAAUAGGUGAGGAAAUCGACCGAUAUUCGUUAGCUGUUUAGUUCGUGAACAGAAUAACCAACUAUGAAAUUAAAAAUAAUUGUCCUUACUAUAUGUCUUCUCAUUGGCUACGAGACUACAGUUUAGUUUUGGAAAUCAGCGCUACCUACAGAUUGCCAUUAACAGUUUACUGUCUGAUCACUGGCUAAUCUGCUGGCCCCAGUUGUUCAAACGGUGGAUAACGCCAUCCACUGGAUAUAAUCUCUAUCCAGUGGAUAGCGCAAUUGGUUUUCGUACUACUCAUCAAACUAAACAGGGAUUUAUCAGGUGUACAGCGCGCGCUAUCCAGCGUUUGAACAACCCGGGCCAGGUUGCGGGCUCAAUGCAUGAUUUCCAAAAGCAAUGUCAAUCUGUGUUCUGUGCGACGGUCAGGUGUUUGCCUUUCAUUAUUUUUUUUUUCUUCAAAACAAUAUCUAGUAACAAAAACAGUUGCUAGAUUCAGUUUUUGCAUUGUGAUAUCCCGGAAUAAUCAAGAUCGUUGGGCGAGGCCGAUAACACUUACCUCGACUUUGAUUAUUCCGGAUAUCACAAAAACGUCCGCCAUCCAACAACUGUCUAAGAACAUUGUCUUAUUAUUAUAACGCACCAAUAAAGUGACAAUCUGUUUUUUUGUUUUUUCGUUUGUCUUUUAAAGUAAGCAGAUAAUCAUGAACUGGGAGAACCUCUUCGACAUUAUAUUGUGCAAGGUUUUGUUACAAAUUAUGAUGAAAGUCACUCUACGUUUUGGAGUCAUUAUUUAAGUGACACCCCUCUCUAGCCGCACUUUGCUGAAGACAAGACAAGCAGUGAAUAUACCUCUUUUAUCUUUUUAAUAAACAGUAAUAAUAGUUCAGAAACCUCUUUGCCCUGUCUCGCCUCGCUCCUCGCCACUACCUUGCAGUGUUUGCAGGCUAUACCACUAAAACAUGUUUAAUAGACUACUAAGAAUUUCAUCACGCCAGUUGCUCCAAUCAUAAGUUAUUCCAGCAAAUGAGACUGCAAGCAAUUGCAAGUCAGAGUAGAUAGAGGCCGUAGUCCAGGUUAAGGUUAUUUGAGAUAACAUAAAUUUAAGAUUUUACUGAUACUGGAUGUCGGAAGCGCCUCUUGAAAACAUAAUGAAGCUGAGGCUACGUUCUGGUGCACAGAACCGGCCAGUUAAAAAUUCGUGCAUUUGGGUGUCCUGUUCACACGGAACCGUGCUAACAGAACGAAAAUUUAGACACCUUGCCGUUCAAAAAUUUGAAAGCCAGAAACGAAGUCAAAAUAUUAGCCCGCAAUACGGUAAAAAAAUUUGAUCGGCGCAGUGUGAACACCAUGCACGACCAAUAUGCACGACCGUCUAAAUUUUUGUACGGCAAAGGCGUGGUUGCGUAGAUGCGAGAGACGCCAUUUUGGAUUUGCUUAAGUAGCGCUCGGUGCAUGAAUAGACGGUAACACCACUUGACAGAAGAAAGUUAGAAUUCAACCUGUUUAGUCAGUUCCGUGUGAACAGAGCGAAAAUAUUUAAUGGCUCCCUGAGAACGAAGUGUCUGGUCAAAUGUUUCAUCCGUUCUCGUCUGAGAGUAGCCUAAAAUUCAUCACUUGGUGCUUUUCUUUACAGAUCCUGAUUUAUUGGGUGGUUUCGGGAAGAGGUAUACAAUCUGAAGUCAACAUUAUUCACUGACGAUAUCCUGUAAUUAUGGCUACUCUUUGAGUUGUUAUAAUUUCUGACCUAAAAAAAUUAAAAGAAUCUUUCUCAACAGUAUUUUAAGUCUAUCCUGGUUAUUUUAGACGUUAUCUAGACGUUAUCCAGACAUUAUCUAGGAAAAGACAGUGGUAAGGCAGAAUUUUUCCUUAUCACUCACUACCUCUGUUGUCAAAUUUCCUUUGAGGUAAAUUUAAACCUCCCGUCAAGCUUGUUAUCAAAAACGUUCCGGACUCCUAACGUAAUGUAUAGAUUUAGCCAGGGCUAAAAGCGAAGCUCUCGAUAAUAUUUAUAGUUUGUUCAAAUAAAAUAUAAAUUACAGGGGCCGCGGAGGGGGAGGGGCUGGUAGGGCUAUAGCCCUACCACUUUUAUUGCUGGGAUCUAUUUCAUAGGACUCCAGCUGAUAUGGAAAAAAUUUCCAUGGAAUUAUUGCUAGUUUGCAGUGUCACCCCAUUCAAAAUAGAUCAAAAUAAAAAUCAAAACCAUUCAAUAGAUAACGUCCGGAAUCUGGGAAAUGAAAGGAGGCACAUAUACAAAGACCCUGGCCACGAUUCAGGUCAGAUGAAUAUUUCGUAUACGAGAUAUCCGAAGAAAUGUUUUACCCAAACUUAUAGAGAUUUGUAUGGAGACGCCAUGCUGGUGCUCACCUGGAUGAGCUCCAACAUGGCGGACGGAAACCAACAGAAACAUCUGUUACCGAGUUUUGCUACAAGAGCGUGAAUUUAUUCUUCGAAAAACUCAUAAACAUUAAAGUAAUACUUUUCUAAUACACGAACUGUUUAGGUAGCAAAAUUUCCUGUAAUAUGUCGUUUUUUUAACCUACAUCACAGCUCUCUUGGCCGUCAUGUAGAUGCCGCGUCACGCAAGAGCUUAGAUAUUCAAGCGUACUCUAUCACAGGGGCGCUACCUAGGCAACUAAGUACUAUGGAAGAAGGAGAAGAUAUCAUGUUUUGACGAAAUCCUGUUGGCGGUGUUAAAGUUUCCAGAACCAGAAAACAAGCUAAUUCAGGAAGUCCAAACUAUCUGUAAGCUGCUUGCUGUAAAUCCUAUUACCAGCGCUGCUGGCGAGGGUUCAUUCUCAUCCGUACGUACGGCGUCUAAAGACGUGGCGUCGAUCCAGGAUGGGUGAUGAGAGAUUUAAACAACCUAGUAGUAACGUUGAAUGGUUAAUGUUGAGAACAGACAGCGUCUCUAUGGCUGACGUCGCAGUUUGUUUCCAGCAAUGA